AUGCCUCGUGACAUCUACCUUACGCCGGGGCUAAUGUCGAGACAUUCUUCAGACAACUCGGACAGUUAUUUCAAUAUCAAGCAGCAACCUGGUGGUAUGAUGAACCAACAAAGAUUAAGGCAUCAAAAACAAAUGCGAGAGCCUUCCGCUUUAAUAUCGCCCCGCCCUGCGUCAUCGCGGGGUGCAUCUACAGAGUUUGAUGAGUUAACUUCUAGAGAUCCUGGUUUAGUGCCCACCCCAUCGUCCAGGGCCCCGAGUAUGGCUACAUCACCGCAAGGCUCCUCACGAUAUGCUUCGUCCGCUUCGAUUGCUACACAACUACAUAGAGAACUCCCACCUCGACCGUUCCCAGAUACCAUCGCACAGCUGAUGCUCAAUUCGGUACCGUUACACCUAUUUCUGGCGAAGCCCCACAUCGGAGAAGUCAUUUGGACGAAUGAUAAAUUCGAUUAUUACCGAAAAAACCAACCACAUGAGCAACGUGCCAGAGACCCUUGGCUUGAUGUACAUGAGAGUGAACGUGAGAAUUUAUUAAAGGAAUGGGCAAAGGCGCUUCGAUCGGGGUCCCAGUUUACGGAGCGAGUUCGCGUUAAGCGAUACAACGACGAGUCGACCUAUCGUUGGUUUAUUUUCCGUGCGAAUCCUUUGCUAUCGCAGACGGGGGAGCUGCUUUAUUGGAUUGGGUCAUUUCUUGAUGUUCACGAGCAGCACGUUGCUGAAAUGAAGGCAGCGCAGGAGAGGGAGCUAUUUGCCACGAAUGCAAAGUAUAAAGCGCUAGCCAAUUCAAUACCCCAAGUGGUGUUUGAGGCUGCUGAAUAUCGAGGGCUUAUCUCAGCCAAUGAACAGUGGCAGCUGUACACAGGUCAAUCCCUGGAGGAUGCCCUUAACUUAGGCUUUGCCAAACAUAUCCACCCGGAUGACCUUGAAAAAUGCGGCAUCUUGCUCCCACUAAAAAUAACCCUGGACUCGGAUAAUCCAAUCGAAUCUGGGCGUAUCAUUAAUCCCCCGCGGGGUUUGAAGGCUUAUGACGAAAACGCUGAUUCGGGUUCGAGCGGGCUACUGAGUAAGCCUCCACUUUCCCGAACCAAUUCGAUGCGUGAUGAGAACCGACGUUCAACAUACCAAGGGUUAACUCAUGCUCUUCAUGAGCUAGUUGGGAAGGGUGUGGUUACAAUACAGAAAGAUGAAAAUGGGAGAUAUUCGUAUACAACUGAAAUCCGGCUGCGAUCGAGGGGCGGUGAUUUCCGAUGGCAUCUUGUUCGCCUUGUGAAAGUGGAGACGACGAGUUUUGGUGAUGGCGACGCUUCCUGGUAUGGUACCUGCACAGAUAUCAACGAUAGAAAGCUUCUGGAACGGAAGCUGAAUAGGGAAAUGGAGUCAAAGACGAAGUUCUUCAGUAAUAUGUCCCACGAGAUCAGGACGCCGCUGAAUGGAAUAUUGGGGACAAUUCCGUUUAUUUUGGAUACGCAGCUAGACAACGAUCAAAGACGUAUGCUCGAUACUAUCCAGAACAGUUCUACCAACCUGCGUGAACUUGUGGACAAUAUUUUGGAUGUAUCCAAAGUUGAAGCGGGGAAGAUGAACAUUGUGCAACAGUGGUUCCAUGUUCGCUCUAUCGUGGAAGAUGUGAUUGAUACGAUUGGGUCGAGAGCGAUAGAUAAGGGACUAGAGUUGAAUUAUCUCGUCGAGUCAGAUGUUCCUCCCAUGGUGAUUGGGGAUAGGUUCCGAAUACGCCAAAUCCUUAUAAACUUGAUGGGCAACGCAGUCAAGUUUACGUCCCAGGGAGAAAUAUACACGCGCUGUUCAAUCCACCACGACCCUUCAGUUUCUGUAAAAGGGACGGAGAUUCUUUUGAAUUUUGAGGUUGUUGAUACCGGCAAGGGUUUUAGCUCCACAGACGCCGAGCGGCUAAUGCAAAGAUUCAGCCAAAUCGAGGGGAGCGCGUCCCAGCAACAUGCAGGAAGUGGGCUUGGCCUCUUUUUGUCCAAACAGCUUGUGGAGAUGCAUGGUGGGCGUUUAACUCCGACAAGCAAGGAGGGCCAAGGGGCCAAGUUCUCGUUCUUUGUUAAGGUCGAUGCACCACCACCGCCGCCGCCCCAGGACCUAUCGAACUCCAACCUCGAUGAUCGAUAUCUUCAGCCCAUAGACGACAUUUCUGCACUGAAGAGCCCAAACCAACAGGAGUUUCCUUUCACUCAAGACAUGCUAAGCUUACACUCACCGACAAAUUCAGAUGCCUUGAGCUUGUCCCGCAAACAAUUAUCCGGUUCUUCCUUUGCGUCAAAUAAAACCAACACGCCUCCAUCCUCCCGAGGUGGAGGAACUCCCGCAAAAACUGAUCAGCCUAGCCAAACCGCAUCCUUCGAUAUAUCCACGCACAACGUGACCGGAACUGAGGUUAUUGUUAGCAGUCCUACAUCUCAAAAGUCCGCCCCCCUCCCUCCGUCAUACCAUGUAUUAAUAAUAUGUCCUUUCGAUUAUGCCCGCGAGGCCUUGAAGCAACACAUCGAACAAGUUAUUCCUCUAGAGGCCACGUCUAAAGCUACUGCCGUUCUCGAUGUUGAAGACUGGAAGGAUCUUGUUGCUGGCGGCGAAUGUCCCAAUUUCACCCACCUAGCAAUCAACAUUCCAGAUGCCAACGAUGUCAAGGAAACUAUGCAAAUGAUUCUCCAAUCCGAUUGCAAUAGUAAGGAUAUCAAAAGCGCACCACCGACCAUGAUCAUUGUCUCGGAUAUCUACCAGAAACGAGAGAUAAGUGAUGUGUACGAGCAAUUCUGUGCCGCUGGCGGGCAAGGGUUCUUGGUUCCAAAGCCUGUCAAACCCUCAUCACUCUCAAGGAUCUUUGACCCUUAUAACCAGCGGGAUCUCAGCAAUGAUCGAAACCAGGAUAUGGCGCGGGAGAUUAAUAAUAGUUUCAAGACCAUGUCGAAGAUUGUUAAGGAGGUCAUUGGAAAUAAGGGAUAUCGUAUUUUGCUCGUGGAGGAUGAUGAGACUAAUCGGACGGUCAUGUUGAAAUAUUUGGAAAAGGUUAAGUUGGCUUCUGAAACGGCUGGCAACGGCCAGGAAUGCAUCGACAUGGUAUUUUCCAAAGAACCCGGCUAUUACUCCUUGAUUAUAUGCGACAUCCAAAUGCCAGUUAAAAACGGAUACGAAACCUGCCAAGAAAUCCGCUCCUGGGAACAACGGAACCACUUCCCGCAAAUUCCCAUCAUGGCGCUCUCCGCAAACGCAAUGAUGGAUCAGAUCGAUGACGCCUCACGCGCCGGCUUCAAUGACUACGUGACGAAACCUAUCAAGCACAAUGAACUCGGCAAAAUGAUGAUGGAGCUGUUGGAUCCCCGUGUUCCCCAGAUCCUGCUUAGGGAUCGGAAUAAAUCAGGGAAUUCGUCGUCACCGUCAUCGUCGCAGCAGCAGCAGCAGCGUUGA